GGAAAAUCAUAUUUCUAUGGACUGCUAAAUGGAUCUGGAGCCUGGAAAGCCCGUGUUUCUCGAGGACGUCGUGUCGCAGGGCCGCAGCCUGGUGGGCCAGACUGUCCGCGUCACUGGCACGUUGCAUUCGUUCAACGCAACGCUCGACCGCGCCAUCCUGAUCGACAACCAACAUCUGCUGGUAAUAGACACGUCUAUGCUCGGAAUCAUCAAAUACUACUUUGGGCAGACAUACCAGUUCAUUGGCGUGGUGACGCCGGCAAAUCCGCCCGACGAGUGCCAGCUGAUCAGCGAUGACCUGAGAGACGACUCAAACUACACGUUGGAGGUCGUGGUCAAGGCCAGGGUGGCCAGGGAUGUGGAUGGACUGGACAUGGGUGUGUACAGGAAGUCGGUGGUGGCGCUGCGGGCGUUUCUGGACAAGGUGCCGCCGGUCUGAAAGGACAGAUAGGACCAUACCUGAGUCAGCUGUGGGAGCGGAUCUUCAGAAAACGGUUUCCCACGUUCUUAAAACGUCAUCACUCUCGCUCACAUGACCACGCAGCAGUUCGCCCGACGCCUCUACCUGCUCAGGACCAGGGGGUGGAUGCGUGUGAACAUAGGGGCUUGCUGCUGGCAAGAAAAAGUAUAAAAAGGGGCAGUAGGCGCACCCACAUGGGCCACCGGAUAAGAAUCAAGCCUCCAAGCAUUAGUUCAGCUCCCCAUCCGUCACACAUAACAUUUAUUGACUUUACUGAAUACUAAAUCUUCCAUCCAAUAUGUAUCGCUUCAAGACCGCAGCUCCGCGGCCCCUCCGCGUGCUCCAAGCGUCUCGCUUCUCCACCACGACCCAAGCACGCACGUCGUCGACGACGCUGAAGGCGCUCGGGCUGGACUCGUUCAACC